AUAUGGCAACAAGUUCAUCCAGGGUGCAACAUGAUUCAUUGAUGGCUGGAAAAAACAUAAGCAUUAUUUGCACAAAUACGUCCCUUAGCAGCCCCUAUUCCAAUAAUAUCUGGCAAAAUGGUAACCCUCUCAAGCACACUACGUCUCUUCUCUUGUUUCAGCUCUCUGGCAUUUCAACGGUCUCAAUACUUUUCAAUAUUUGUCUCAAGCCUUUAGGACAAUCAUCCUUAGUAUCGCAGAUUUUUGGUGGAAUGAUAUUUGGGCCAUCAUUUAUUGGCCACAACAGACAAAUAGCAGACAACCUUUUCCCGAAAACAAGCUCCACGGUAAUCAACAUAUUUGCAGGAUUUGGCAUAAUUUUCUUCCUCUUUGUAACUGGGGUAAAGACGGAUCCUGUCCUCAUGGUGCGGCCAGGACGAAAGGCUGCUAUUAUAGGUUCUUCAGCCCUCAUUGUUACGUCGGUUUCUUCCAUUGCGCUCGCUUUGGUCUUAAAGAAGUUCCUCACCAUGAAUGCCAACCUUGAGAACUCGUUAGUGCUUAUAGCUUUAUCACAAUGUUUAACAGGUUUUCCAGUAAUUUCAACGCUGUUAUCCGAGCUCAAUAUUCUCAACACUGAUAUUGGCCAGUUAGCCCUCGCCUCGUCAAUGUUUUGCGAUUUAAUUGGUAUUUGUAUGGUUGCAGUUCUUUUCUCAUUGAAACAAAGUGAGUCUGGUGUUGUCUUCGGCUUAUUACCAUCACUAGUGUCUAUAGUUGCAUUUGUGGCCUCUAAUUUUUUAAUUCUUCGACCAAGAUUAGUAAAGAUGUUCGACCCUACACUGGGAACAAAAAUCGUUGAUGAGAAGAGCAUAUCAUUCAUUUUCACUUUAGUCCUGGUAGCCUCAUUUCUGAGUGAGGUAAUUGGCCAGCACUACAUAUUUGGACCAUUAAUUUUAGGUCUGGCUGUGCCUGAAGGACCUCCCUUAGGAGCUGCUAUAUCAUCAAGGCUAGAUACUCUUGCGACAACAUUUUUCUAUCCUGCUUACUGCGCGGUCAGCGGGGUGAAAACUGAUAUCUUCACAAUUAAUUUUCAAUCUUUGUAUAUUGUGGGGAUCGUUGUUGUCUUUGCUUUCGUGAUCAAGCUUAUAGCAGUGAUGCUGCCAGCUCUCUGUUUCAGUGUGCCCCUGAGAGAAGCUUUUGUGCUUGGACUCGUUCUAAAUGCAAGAGGCAUUGUCGAACUUACUGUAUACAACCUCUGGAAGGAUGACCAGCUGAUGGAGGAUCAAGAAUUUACCUUGGUCAUGAUGUCAGUAGUGAUCGUGACGGCAGCCAUAACCCCAAUGAUACGAACACUGUACGAUCCUUCAAAGCAAUAUCGUUCGGUGACGAGAAGUACCAUCCAUAAUUCCAAGCGUGAUUUAGAGUUUCGAAUCCUGGUUUGCAUCCACAACCAUGAAAAUGUCCCAACAAUUAUGAACGUCCUUGAAGCAUCCCCCGCGAAUGAAGAGAGCUACAUUGCUGUCACAGCUAUGGUCCUCAUAGAACUUGUGGGGAGAUCCACCCCUGUUCUUGCACCUAGCCAACCAAGAAUGUUUCGAAAAAACUCAUCAACAGCAGACCGAGUAUUCAAUGCCCUGAGUAAAUACGAGGAACGCAACGAAGGCUACGCUUACGUUCAAUCAUAUACCUCAAUCUCACAUUUCCAGACAAUGCACAAUGAUAUCUGUCGUAUAGCCCUUGAGAAGCGUGCCAACAUUGUCAUCGUCCCUUUUCACAAGCAAUGGGGUAUCCAUGGACAGAUUGAGUUCACAAGACGCCCCAUACAAAACUUGAACAUGAAUGUCCUGGAAAAGGUUCCAUGUUCAGUUGGAAUCCUUGUUGACAGGGGAAUGUUCGUUUCCGUUCGAACUUCUCGAACAAAAUUCCGUGUCGCUGUUCUCUUCAUCGGCGGCCCUGAUGACAUGGAAUCACUAGCUUAUGGCUGUCGAAUGGUCAAACAUCAAAAUGUUAAUCUAACUGUCAUUCAUUUCCUUCUGUUCGGAGGGGAAAACUCUAAAGAAAGGAAGCAUGACACCCAGCUGAUUAAUGAAUAUCGGCAAGCUAACAGGGGAAAUGAAAGUUUUGUGUAUGUAGAAGAGGUGUUUAGGGAUGGGGAAGGGCUAUUUUCAUAUAUUAGUGGAACUCUAAACAAUUAUCAUUUGAUCUUGGUAGGGAGAUACCAUCCGAAUUCCCCACUUCUCGAAGGACUUGGAGACUGGAGUGAAUGCCCAGAGCUUGGGAUCGUUGGUGAUAUGCUUGCUUCACCAGAUUUGAAAACCAAAGCGACAGUGUUAGUGAUUCAACAACAACGAAUAGGAGGGAAAUUGCUGACUCAAAAUCUUCCAAUUUCGGUGCCGUAAAGGAAUUCAGUUGUUCCUGAAGAAUUGCAAACGCCAAACGUCAAUGAUGCAUCAGGGCAGCAGGAAUAAUUCAUUUUCUAUUUCAAUGGAUGAACUGGAUACGUAUUUAGAUCGGU